AUGGGUUAUUUUUUGCGCUUUUUUCUGGCUGCCUUUGUGGCAUUCAUCGCUUUUGCAGUUUAUUCGCUGAAUAAGCACCCCGCCACCGAUCACCCGACCAUUGCCGCUGAUGGAUGGUUUGGUAGUGGUAAGAAACGGGACGACGAUGAGCGCAUCAUGCCAGUUCUGGUCAACGUCUCCAGCCAGGCUAUUGAAGUAAGCUCGUUCCGGUCUCGAUCAUUGACCUUAUCUCUCAGCUAUUUUCCAGACUUGAAAUAUCGCCUAAGAAGUGCGCGGAUUAGCUAUGACCCCCUGGAAGAUGAGGACAAUUUUCAGUACGGUUUCAAUAGCAAAUAUCUGCGAGAGCUCACGAAUUACUGGCUCAACAAAUAUAAUUGGCGAUACCACGAAGCCAUCAUAAAUACAUUUUCUACUGUCAAAUAUGCACGGCCGGAGCGAUCGUUACCGCAAGGUGCUUACUUUCAGGUGCACUUCAUCCAUAUGAAACCAGCCAGAGGCACUUAUAAAGUUGUUGUUCCGUUGCUGCUGGUGCACGGGUGGCCAAGUAAUGUUUUCGAAUUCUACAAGAUCAUCCCGAUGCUUGUCGAUCCAGUGAAGCAGCUCGGCUCCGAUGUGGACCUCGCGUUCGAAGUGGUGGCACCUUCGAUCCCUGGAUUUGCAUGGUCGAGCGCCCCGAAGAAAACUGGAUUCAACACGGAAGCCACGGCAAGGAUAUUUUGGAAACUGAUGACUCGCUUGGGAUUCUCGAGGUUUCUUCUGCAAGGUGGCGACUGGGGCUCUCCUAUAACAACAAGCAUCGCGCUGUAUUUUCCUCAACAGUUAGCUCAUGUUUUUUAUGCCUCCGCUUCAAAGUCUCUUUCGUUUUUGUUGUAUACCAAAUUGCGAAUGGAAAAUCUACUCUCUCUAAAUUCAAAAGUUAUUCGAUUUUCGAUUCUAUUUGUCUCUCGUUCUUUUGCGCAACGUGUGAUCGGUUUGCAUCUGAAUAUGGCCAUGGCGAUCAGCUGGAAAGCAAUGCUCUAUCAGUUGGUUGGUUUGGUGUUACCUAAGUUGGCUUUUUCAUCCGAGACGUUCCACCACUUCAGUCCAAGCACUUACUUUAUGGAUGUUUUACAAGAGACUGGUUAUCUACAUAUUCAGGCUACGAAGCCGGAUACAGUCGGUAUGUUUUUGGGAUGUUUAAAUGCACUCCGACCUCAGCUGAUUCCUGCUUUUCCGUGA